CCGCAGCGGUGGGGCGCGGGGCGAGGGGCGCGGUUGAGACCCGGAGGCGGCGGCGCCGGAGGAAGCGCAGGAGGCCGGGCCCGGGAAGCGGGCAGCCCCGCGCCGCAACCCCGGGCUCGCCAUGCUCCUGGCCUCGGCAGUGGUGGUGUGGGAAUGGCUGAACGAGCACGGCCGCUGGCGUCCCUACAGCCCGGCCGUAAGCCACCACAUCGAGGCGGUGGUGCGCGCGGGUCCCCGCGCCGGGGGCAGCGUGGUGCUGGGCCAGGUGGACAGCCGGCUCGCGCCCUACAUCAUCGACCUGCAGUCCAUGAACCAGUUCCGCCAAGACACGGGGACCCUCCGUCCAGUUCGCCGCAACUACUACGACCCAUCCUCAGCCCCCGGGAAGGGCGUGGUGUGGGAGUGGGAGAACGACAAUGGUUCCUGGACGCCCUACGACAUGGAAGUCGGCAUCACUAUUCAGCAUGCCUAUGAGAAGCAGCACCCGUGGAUCGAUCUCACUUCCAUCGGCUUCAGCUACAUCAUAGACUUCAGCACCAUGGGCCAGAUCAACAGGCAGACCCAGCGCCAGCGCCGUGUCCGCCGCCGACUAGACCUCAUCUACCCCAUGGUCACCGGCACCAUGCCAAAGGCUCAGUCCUGGCCAGCCAGUCCUGGAACAGCCGCCUCCCCGCCUGCACCACCCUGCUCCUGUCCACAGUGUGUUUUGGUGAUGAGCGUCAAGGCUGCUGUGGCCCAUGGGAGCACUGGGCCCCUUCAGCCUCCUGCAGCACGCAAGAACAUGGCUCCCCCUGGAGUGGGCAAGCUGCCUCCGCCACCUGGUCCUGGGACAAAGCCAGUAGACACUGCAGGCACCAUCCGGGGCCCAGGGAAGACCACCCCAUCGCAGGUGAUCCGGAGACAAGUCUCUAAUACACCAGCUGGGGCGACUGUAGCCUCCCCCACCAGCCCACAAGGAAGCAACAGGAAGACUGGAAGGGUGGCACUGGCCACUUUGAAUCGGUCCAGCCUACAGCGACUGGCCAUUGCCCAGUCCCGGGUGCUGAUCGCCUCGGGGGUCCCCACUGUGCCUGUGAAAAACUUGAAUGGGUCCAGCCCUGUCAAUCCUGCCUUGGCAGGAAUCACCGGGAUCCUCAUGAGUGCAGCUGGAUUGCCUGUGUGCCUCACUCGGCCGCCAAAGCUGGUCCUCCACCCGCCUCCUGUCAGCAAGAGCGAGAUAAAGUCCAUCCCAGGGGUCUCUAACAUGAGCCGCAAGACCACCAAAAAGCAGGCCAAGAAAGGUAAAACCCCAGAGGAGGUGCUCAAGAAGUAUCUGCAGAAGGUCCGGCACCCCCCAGAAGAGGAUUGCACCAUCUGUAUGGAGCGCCUCACAGCCCCCUCUGGCUACAAGGGCCCACAGCCUACAGUCAAGCCUGACCUGGUGGGGAAGCUGUCUCGGUGUGGCCACAUCUACCACAUCUACUGCCUGGUGGCCAUGUACAACAACGGGAACAAGGAUGGGAGUUUGCAGUGUCCAACAUGUAAGACCAUUUAUGGGGUCAAGACAGGCACCCAGCCUCCGGGGAAGAUGGAGUACCACCUCAUCCCCCACUCCUUGCCUGGCCAUCCGGACUGCAAGACCAUCCGGAUUAUCUACAGCAUCCCCCCUGGCAUUCAGGGACCAGAGCACCCGAAUCCUGGGAAGAGCUUCAGUGCCCGUGGCUUCCCUCGACAUUGCUACCUUCCAGACAGCGAGAAAGGGAGAAAAGUUCUGAAGCUGCUUCUAGUGGCCUGGGAUCGCCGUCUCAUCUUUGCCAUUGGAACCUCCAGCACCACGGGCGAGUCUGAUACUGUCAUCUGGAAUGAGGUGCAUCACAAGACGGAAUUUGGCUCUAAUCUCACUGGCCAUGGCUACCCAGAUGCCAAUUACCUGGACAAUGUGCUGGCUGAACUGGCUGCCCAGGGUAUCUCUGAAGAUAGCACUGCCCAGGAAAAAGACUGAGGUGGGAGGGUACUGGGGACCAUAAGGCAGGAAGUGGAAAGAGUCAAGGUGGAAGCUGAGGCCAUGGCCCCUGACUCCCCCAGUCUGCUUCUUGUGCUAUCCCCACUUCUCAUGCCUCUCAGUCACAGAGGAAGCUAAAUUAAGGUGAUGUCAUCCCUAAACCUCAUCCAGUGCAAACAGGACAAGGGAUGGGGGCCACCCUCUUUCUGUCUCCAUGGAGUUUCCAGUGCUAGGUAGGCAAGAACCUGCACCUCUCCCCACCCCUGAGUUGGGGGUAUGGUCAGCACACUUAACGUAUGGGCAGUGUUGAGGCACCCCAUACCCUGGCCUUGUAGAGCUGAUAUCUCUCACCUCGGCUGGCUUCUUGCUGCUUCUACUCUGCUUUGAAAGCAGAGUUUCUGCUUUCUUCCCCUCCACUGGAGUCAGGGAGCUCUCACUGUGCCAGACUGGGGAGAGAGGUGUGGACUGCUGCGACAUCAGAAACUAGAUGCCUUGGUGGAAGGAAACAGUUCAUGCUAAGAGGGAACAUGACCAGCUCUCCUAGAGUCACUGGCUUCUCUGGGCCCUCCCGUCCUGCACACACCAUUGACAUCUGGUUCUCACAAAUGGACAGAGGGACUCAGGGAUUCCUCUCUGGGGUGGCAUCCCUUGAAGCUGUUUCUAGCCCCCUCUCUGGUCAAAUCAGAGCCUGAGUCCCACUGAGCAUCUGCACUGUCCUCAGGGAGAGGAGCCCAUAGUCUUCUUCCCAAUGCAUUUCAAGCCAGCUCAGUUUCAUCAAGUCACUGUGAGUUGGGAGCCCGCAGUGGGCUCUUUAUCAUCUGUGUAUGUGCAUAUGUUUAUGUGGGUGUGUGUGCGUUACUGGGCCAGGUUGUUGUAGGAGGCCCAUCAUGUCUCUGAAUUCUGUCUCACGUGCCAAAUCCCAGUUCUUUUGAGGAUCCAAUAGUGAAGGUGUGGCCCUUUGACUCUUCUCACCCUUUGCCAGCCCAUCUCAUGGUAAACUUGGACCCUGAUGGGCACAGAAC